GAAAAGACAAACAUAUCCAGCAUAACCUAGCUGAAAGAGAUAUUCAGAACAGCCCUGGAAGCAACUGAGCAGUAGAUUUUGAAUGAGCUACCAGCUUUGCCCUGUCUGAGAUGAGGCAGUGGUGACUUCGUGGUUUUGAGAAGGAGCCAGUAGUGAAUGCUACUCCAUUGCCCCAGGAAUGGUGACAAGCAAGGGUGACAAACAGGUGCCAGGUUCCAGUGAACUAGUGAGGAUGCCUCAGCCUGCUACCUUAGCUUCUGCACAGGUCACCUUUCUUAUGCUAUUUCUCUGCUGGGAGGUACUUGUCUCAGCACCGCCCACCGGCCCUGACUAUUUGCAGCGUGGCUGGCAGAGGCUUCUAGAGGAAGGGGAGAGUUGUGUGGAAUGUAGAUUGGAAGAAUGCACCACCCCUCGUGGGUGCCUGGCUGGAGUGGUGCUGGAUGCCUGCGACUGCUGUUGGGAAUGUGCAAAUCUAGAGGGACAGAUCUGUGACCUGGACCACACCAACCACUUCUACGGCAAGUGUGGGGAUCACUUAGAGUGUCGUCUCGAUUUAGAAGACCUGCAGCACGGUGAAGUGCCUGAGCCCCAGUGCACGUGUUUAUCUAAUCGAGCUCUUUGUGGCUCCGAUGGCAAAACGUAUGCUCAGAUCUGCAAAUUCCAAGAGGUGUUUAAUUCCAACCCAGAGGCUAAUCUCACUAUAGCUCACGAAGGACCCUGUGAAGCAGAGCCCCGCAUUAUAUCUCCUCCCUAUGAUAUCUGGAACAUCACUGGGCAAGAUGUGAUCUUUGGCUGUGAGGUCUUUGCAUAUCCCAUGGCAUCUAUUGAAUGGAGGAAGGAGGGUCUGGAUAUGCUGCUUCCUGGAGAUGACCCCCACAUUUCAGUUCAGUUUAGGGGCGGUCCUCAGAAGUAUGAGGUGACCAGUUGGCUUCAGAUCCAAGCUGUGCGGUUGACUGAUGAAGGAACAUAUCAAUGCUAUGCAAGGAACAACAUUGGGCAAGUAGCAGCUCCUGCCAGCCUUAUGGUCCUCACUCCUGAUCAGCUGAAUUUAACCUCAUUGGCUCUGCCCAAGGGGCCCAACUUUGGAUCAAAUGAUGACUGGGAGAGUGAUGAAUCGUAUGAUUAUUACUGAAAAGGACAUACAUAGGAGACCACUCAGAAUGGAAAGGCAUUUGUGUUCUUUCCCAUUUGAACAUUUAUUUCAUCAUCAACUGCUGCCCCAGUUUCCUAGAAUAAUUAAUAUGGAAACUGUAGGCUGAAUUCAAAGAAGCCAAAGGAAAAUUUUCAAUGGACAACUUUAAUAUAAGUUAAUUCAGGGUAGAGAAAAUUAAUGUACCUAAUUGUAUGAUCUAUCCCUUUCCUGGAUGACAGGGACAGCAAAGCAGGUGGAAGGGAAGAAAUGAUUAUAUUUAACUGAUGCAAAUCAAAUGGGCAUUAAAAAGGACUUUGAUCAGCUUCUAAGGGGCUACAAUUUCAUUGAUUUGAUGCAUCACGUGCACAGUUGUUCCUCUUCCAGCUGCUUAGAGAUUAGGACUACACUGAUGUAUAUGAUACAUGUAGCACAGAUCUUGGAGAAAAAAAGAAGCCUCUUUCUUUUAAUGGGAAUCCAGCCCAUCCUAAGAGCUAAAAUCUCUAGCAAAACAUAGUAAUUGGCUAUUUGGUAUGUAAAAGAAUUUAAAGCAUUUAAAGGAGGAAAGGUUAGAUCACCAGAGAAGGAAACUGCUGAAACAAAUUUGGGAAUAGCUUUUAAAAUGGAAACCAGAUUUCAAAUUGUGCCAAAACACAUACUGUAUAUAAAUUGGAUAAGAAGUGCAGGAUAUUAUUUGGAGAGGCCUAUGUUUUCACAACUUCGGGUUUCCUCAUUGCAGAAAGAAGAAUGAAUGUCAAUCAAAAAGUGCUGAUCAAAGAGACCGCAAUUGAAGUCCUCCAAAAAUAGUAACACCGGUCAGGGUCUCCACUGUAAAUUUAACUAGUCUGCAGCUUCACUGCUAACUGGAAUUCAUAGUAGAUGCCACUAUUUUCAAUGUUUUUUUUUCCUGUCAAAGCCUGAAAGCCUACAUUUACAUACCCUGUAUGAAAAAACUGUCCGAAGGCAGUUUCUUUCAGAUCUGAAAGUCUGGAACGACAUCCAGAAAAACCUUAAAUGAAAUGAACAUGAAUGGAUCAACUGGGAUUAGGACCUAAAUAUAUCUGAUCCUGGUGAGCCACACAAAGCUAUGACUGGUGAAGUAGUGAGGUGUAGUAUCUGAACGCUGGAAUUUAGGCUAUGACAGCUGCAUUAAUAUCUCUGUUCAGCUAUUAAAAUAAGUAGGUGCCCUUGAGCUAGUUAUUCUCUCUAACUAACCUACCUUACUUAUUGUGUUGUUGGCAGAAUAAAAACUGGGGCAGGGUGGGGGAUAACCAAUUAUCCCGUCUGAAGAUAGUAAAUUCCUUCUAGAAUGGCUACGAUACAUUAAAAAAAAAACUAAUGAGUGCUCAACAAAGCAGCACAUCUGCUCUGCUGAUUUCUGAAUGUUCAGCUCGGUCUCAAUCUAUUCUGUUCCAUCAAUUCCAGAUGCUUCUCCUCCUUGUUGUUUUCUCUAUCCAGCUAACUUUAUUUAUUCAUACAAAAAUGUCUAUACCACCUAUUUCACAGGAUCCAAGGCAGCUUAAAAACAAUAAAGAAAAGUUAUAAAUAAUACUCCAGUUACAUAAACUAAAAGCAUCCUGUCGUGAUUGUGACCCAAAUACCUUGCAAAAUAAAAAUGUCUCAAGUGCCUUCUUAUAGGCUGCAAACUUAGGUGCUCCACAGACAUUAGAAGGCAAGGUAUUUCAAAAUGUGGGUGCAGCCACCAAAAGAGUGUUGUCAUACACACACACACACACCAGUAUCUUCAUUUCAUAUGGGACAGAGACCCUUAGCAUCUCCUCCUGAAAGCAUGCAUGGGACGGGUCAUGAUCUUUCGGGGAAGACAGUCACAACUGUAAGCACCGAGGGGCCAAGCCACGUAGAGCUUUAUUGAAAGCCGAAGUAAAUUGGUAACCAAUGCAGUGAUAGUAGAAUUGGUGUAUCCCUGCUAAAUCCCUUAAUACUUACUUUUUAGCAGAUGUACCAUCAUAUUCUGGACCAACUGUAGCUUCUGAAUUUUCUGCAAGGUGAUCAUAUAGAGUGUGUUGCAGUAGUAUAACUAUGCAGUGAUGAGUCACUAUUGUUAGGGCCUCCCAGUCUAGAAAGGCUUGCAAUUGUUAUACCAGCUGAAAUUGGGCAGAGGCCUCCUGGCCACAGCAUCUACCUGUUCCUCUAGCAAGAGCCACGAGUCCCAGAGGACCCCCAAAUCUAGGAACCUGCUUCUUCAGGAGAAGUGCAACCCUAUCUGGAGCCAAUGGUGGAACCAGAAUUGAGCUAUGUAGGUCAGGCACUGAGAAUAGCAACUCUGUCUUGCUAGGAUUUAAUUUGAAUUUUGACUCAUUCACAUUGUCACAGCCUCCAGGCAUCAAGCCAGGAUUUUGAUUGCAGCCCCACCCCAGCCUGGAAAUGCAAUUACAGCUUAGUAUCAUCAGCACAAUGAUUAUAUUUCAAACUAAAUUGGAUGUAAAACCCCCACUGAUUCAUACAGAUACUAAAUACCAUGGGAGGAGAACAGAACCCAGUGACACCCCACUGUCGGAGCAAGUACAGAUAUGACUGUUGCACUCCUAUGCACACAAAUGAAAACUGCCCACUAAGUGCCUCUAGUCCCCAGUCCGGCAGGCUGUGACAGCCUGCAUUCAGCCAUGACUUCCUACUGGCUCUUCUUGUAUCCAUAUAGAACAUAUGUUUCAUAGUAGUUUGGGUGAUAAGGAUUAGCUGAGAGUAGUGCAUAGCUGAGUUUCUCAUACAAAACAUUCUCAUGGGGGGGGGGGCUUCAGAUGUGGAGCUGGCACUAGAGGUAGAGUCUUAAAUUACCAGAUGAUUCUGGAAGGAGAACCGGGAGAAUGUAGGUAAUGGCUGGUGACUAAGAUGGACGUAGACAGCUCUGACUGUUAAAGAUCUAUGGUUUUCUUUAAAAACUGACAGACUUGGAUUGAGCAAAGUUGCUACUGCUGAAGGCUUACUAGUUGGAGAGUGGCCUGAAGUCUAUGAAGUGAAGGAGAAUUGCCAAAUAUUGUCAAAGAGGAAGAGGAAGACAUACCAUGGGACCUGUCUAUCCAUUGCAGAUGGCCCUGGUGGGGGUUGAAAAAGAUGGAAGAGCAAAGGUUUCACCAACCAAAGAAAAGCCACUUGCCAACCUGAUUCACAGAGGGAAAAUUGCCACCUAUGUCUGGAAGCCCUUCUUUAACUCUAAAUUAAGAAGUUGGUAGGGUGUGGAAACAGAGUCAUGCACAUAUGUAUUAAGUCAACAUUACAGAGUGUAUACAUAUACAGCUAUCAAAUAUUUAUGCUACAUAAUAUUAAGUAAAGAGGCAAAAGUUCAGUCAGUCUGCAGUUUAGAAUCACAAGCAGCUCUGCCUUAUCUGGAAAUGGAGAGAAGCAAGCAGGGGAGCUCAACAUCUCUAGCUGUAGAAAACCUUGCUAGCUCUGCUAAGGAAUGCAGCUGGGAAAUUGCUAGUUGCUUGCUUGGUUGUUUGAAUAAAGGGAAAACGUGAAAUGGCGUUCUGCAGGGUUUCUUGAAAUCCUGAGAAACUGCAGGAAGCAGUUGUGACAAAGGUAGUCCAGAAGGAUAUAAUAGAGUACCACAGUACUGAAAAUCACCAAGAGGUCUAAUAGGCCCAGGAGUAGCAUACUCCCUCCCUCCAAGUCCUGUUAGAGGUCAUCAAUCAGAGCAACCAAUGGCAUCUUGUUAAUCCAGCCACACAUUCCUGAGUUUGAAUGAACCAGGUGGGGCAUGGAUCCAGCCUACAGGUAUGCCACAGAGACCCCAAGUUACAUCCUUCCUCUCCAUAAACUCAGAAUAAUCCCAGAUAGUCUUGCAAAUUGCUAUCUGAGUCAUCUCACUAGGCUCUGCCCAAGGGAUAUCCAACUCCAAGAAACUAUAACCAAUUUUGUCUGUAAAGAAGCUCAUAAAUCUGUCACAGUGGCCUACUGGAGGAUGUUCCCCUGCAUACUUCCCCAGAAGGAAGUGGGCAUGAGUCGAUGGAUAUGAGUCUGCAGAUACAAUAAGCAUGGAGAAGUAAGCAUGCUUUGCCACUCUUAUUGUCAUAGUAUAUGUUCCCACCUCCAUACCUGUGAAGCAGCAGUCUGAGAUCAUCUAUUCUUCCUUUUCUUCUCUUUCUCCUUAUUUUCUUAGAUAUGAUACAGUGUUUCUUAAGCUAUUUUCUCAGUGUGAUUCAACUCUUAUCCUCAGCUCUAGGUCCUGCACUUACCCAGAAUCAGGAGUGAGAAACUCUGGCCUGUUUCUGACUUAUAGAUGUUAUGUUAUAUGUGUGGGUGAGAAAACAUGUUCAUGGGUAUGUGUUAUGUAUGAUAAUGGCUCUGUGUAUAAAUGAAUUUGUAGGUGGGCACUAUGUGUAAGAAUAUGUUUGUGUGCACAUGUGUUAUAGAUGCAUUUAUGUGUUCUAUGUAUAUAUAAGAGACAAUGGG